AUGAAGAAGGAGCUGCAGAAGAAGAUGGCUGCACGAAGCAGCCCUGUCGUGGUGGACCCGUUCAUGAGCGCCGCGUUCCCGGAAGAGCUGCAGAAGAAGAUCUCCAAGAGCCGACAGGAGAAGCAGCGAUCCAUGCUGAAGCAGAAGCUCCAGGCCAAGAGAGAGAUGGCUAGCUUGGUCCAGAGUCAGGGCCGCCGCCGUACUCAGGCCGCGUUUGAGGCAAAUGCCUUGAUCAAGAAAGACUAUUCAAAAGCUGAUUUUUUUCCUGUGUACUGGGAAGUCCUCAAAUUUGUGUCGGGUCUUUUGGCCUCUAUGGCGCCUGCCGAGUCUAGCGCGCACGGCAUCUACCCCCAGAACUGGCGCGAAGCCAUGUCUGGGGGGUCUGGGACCGACUUGUGGAGUGCCCUCCACCUUCUGAGCGAAGCGAGAUAUCCCAGCCUGGGUCGUUUGUGUGUGCUUGUAGAAGAUGCGGAUGGCUUCCGGGUGCUCCAAGAGGCCAAGCCUCGAUCCGGAAGUCGAAAGCCGGUGGAUCUGCACCUCCGACUCCUGGAGGCAGCGGCGGCGGCGGCGACGGCGUCGGCGCUCCUGAGCCCGUGUCGCCUUGGCAGCUUGAGAGUGCUCUCGAGCAGCCACUUCGACGACGGCAUGCUGCAUGAGCUGCUGAGGGGGUCCUGCCCCACGUUGCAGGAGCUGGACCUUCGCCGCUCCGAGGCCCUUCGCCGCCCCUUUCUGGAGUUGCAUUUGCUGGAAGGUCUUCAAGGUCUCUUUGUGGACGGCUGCUGGCAGCUGGAAGACGAUGCUGUGGAAGCACUGGCGUCUCUGCACUUCUCCGGCCGGUGCGUGGUGGACUGGUUCCGCUGCGCCGAGGGCUUGGGCAUGGGGUCCGGGGCCCGCGGCCCGGGCUUGGCCCCAGUGACCAACCCGGGCCUGAACCUCUGGCAGCUGGGCCAGGAGGUCGAGGUGGUGAUUUUGUCCGAAGGCUAUCGCGGCCAAUGGGUCGCCGCGAAUAUCGUGUCGAAGGUGGUCUUCGCAGGGCAAUCUCCGGAGCCUUGCUUCAACAUUCUGGUGCAGAAGACGGAGGCCUGCAGUCAGGCAGUGGGAUUCUCUGGCCGAGUGGCCUUCAGGAUCCGGCGCCGCCACCUUCGGCAAAAGUCCGGGAUCUACCAGGAGACGCGGACGGCCUCUCCACUGGUGGAUCGAGAUCGCCAGCGCCAACUCCAGGCUGUCACGGUCCUAGGCUGGGGCGUGAGCGAGGCUUCUGUCGAGUACUGGAUCAUCGAAAAUGCUUGGGGCCAGGACUGGGGUGAGAACGGCUACGCGAAGAUUGCCGUGGGCGACGCGGCCAAGAAAAGGGGUAUCCUCCUCGAGGAGUUUGUCUUCGCUGGCACGCCCUUGAACCCCAAGGCGAAUUUCGAGCGUUCCGUCUUGAUGCGACUGAUGCCCACAGUGCAGGUUCUCUUCGGGUGA